GUUUACGCUCCACUCUAGACUUCGCUUAUAUACUUGCAUAUAUCUUACUAAAUCUACGUACAAGUAUAUAUCAUAGCAUAUACAUAAAGUUUAUCUGUAAACGCAUUGGCAUAUUUACUCGUAUGUACAUAUAUGCAGCAUAUAUAAAACUUCUCCCCUCUUGUGCGCUUAUCUUUAAAAGAAAUUAUUGGAAUCUUAAACGAAAUGCUUCUUCGAGUAAAGGAAAUAAAAUUGCGAGUCACAAAAAGAUAGCAUCAAAACCUUAACAUACAAACAUGUGCUUUCUGAAAUGCGUUCUCGAAGAAUAUAUAUUUCGUGUCUUGCUUUGUUGCGAAAGGGCCAAAACAUGUGUUACUUGCGUUAAGCGCAAUAUUUGUGAAACACAUGUGGAGACAAUGUAAGCGUUGGAUAAGUGCAUCUACGUUGCUUGCGCAGUUGGCUAUUUGAUUUUGCAUUUGUAUUGUACCACACAAUAUGUAUUGUGAUCUUCCUACAAUGAAGUCUUCGAGUAUUUUGAUAUGUGGUUGUGCUAUACUUUUGGUUUAUUGCGGGAAUAGGGUUUUACAUUGGAAAAUUUUGUAAAUAAAAGCGAAUGAUCGACACUAAGAAAGCUUUUGGAACUUGCUGGUGACCUACAUUUUUAGUAGGGUGAAUAUAGACAGAAGCAAAGCACAGAUUUUCGUACUCAACUAAGUCCGCCUUUCUCUUUGAAGGAUAUAUAUAUGUUUACUGAUCUAACCGUGUAAAUAUAUAAAAAUAUAAUUCCAAGAGGUAUUCAAACGCCUACCUGCACCUCAGCAUGUCAUGAACAUCUUCGCCAAAGAAGCGCUUACUAACACUAUUACCAACAAAAACUACUUGGUCUAAGGUCUAUAGCUCGCUUCAGCGGCAGCCGAGCUGCUCAUAAUUACUAUAAUGAUUGCCAUUUUAUCAUCAUCAGUCAUCAUUAUCACUUUAUGGCUAUUACAAGCUCAUUAAAGGCCCCCUUCAACACUAUCACCUUGUGCAUUCGUUGAACGCAUAAUAGAGUUGCUGCUAUGCCAGUUAUGGGGUCGCACUUAUACAUACUUACAUACACACAUCUACUCCAGUCAACAUUAGCAGAUUGCUAAAGUCACCAUCUUAACGGUUUUUGGCUUGCGAAGAGCACAGGGAAAGCAGAGUCUUGAAGUGCGUCAACUACGUCUUACUUCCUUUACGCCUUUCACCGUAAUAUACACACUUUCGCUGCCGUUGGCAAUUCACACAUUAACCUCGUUCUUUAAGGUUCGACGACAUCGCCACCACUACUUGCUAUUCAGCCUAAGCUAUCCAGCCUACUUAAAAUGCAGUUACCUCAUUUGGGGUAUGACGCAGCUUCUUCCGACGCUUUCAUUCUCCUCAUUCACUUUUUAUUCUUGCGGCAGGCAGCGAGAAGCAAAGUUCGUUUGCAUCCUUUUCCGCAGCUCACGUCUUGAACUGCUCCACUAAUUUGCGAAUGCGUUGGGAAUCGUGAAUUGGUGGGUAUUGGUGGUUGUGGUAGUGCAGUUGAAGCGGAAAACUGAAAGAGAUGCUUGGCGGUGGAGGCGCUGGUUUAUAACAAAAUUAUGAGCUGUGAGAAAAUUCUCAUUUUAAUUACACAGAGCACACUUGGCGGGCUAUAUGUAUACCGCUACACUUUCUAAACAGUAAAUAUGUAUGUAUGUAUAUGCUUUGCUUAUGUCUGCCAGGGUGUUCAAGUGUAAAAGCCCCUUAGAAACUAUAAAGAAAUUCAGGAUUUUAGGGCGCUGAAAAUAUGUACUUGCAAUAACUUUGACUGCUUUUGUUGCAGCUGUUGGCCUUCUUGCAACAACUGCGUUAGAAAUAUGGCCGAGUGUAAAAGUUAUAUGGUGCAUAUUGCUUUGUCAGGAAGUAUACAAAGUUUUACCAAAAUAAAACUGAAGUAAUUCCUUCAACUGGUCAGCGCAGUAAAACAGGCGAGCUUAGUGCAAUAAAAAAUCGUUUCAUUUGAAAAAAAUGUUCUGCAAACUGGACAAAUAUUAUAAAUUAUAUUUUUAUGCAAUAAUGUCGCAGAGAUAAGAGAAUUCUAUAUUAUUUGUGUAUUAUAAAUAGCUUUUAAAAUCAUAAAACGGAUAUGUUACUCUUUCAAUAAAUAUAAUGUCGAUUAUAUCAUAUUUAAUUGCCAAAAAAAAUUUGCAUCAGUCACUGAACUUCUGUUUGUCAUUUGCCAUAAAUAUAAAAAUAAAUUUUUAAACUGUAAAAGUUAAUGCAAUAAAUAAAAUUAUAUGUCGAAAGCCACAACUACACAAAGCAAAACCACUACACUUUAUCUACUGAGCAUUCUCGCAAAGCAAAUUUUAGCACAUUAAUAAUGAGAGCAAGCGGCAUGGAGAGCCACGUAAAAAACCCAAUAUUAUUUUAGCAAUAACAAAGAAAGCACGGCUGAAUUUAUUAAAUAUAGCGGCACAGCGCUGAAUCGGCAGUUUUGUUGCUGCCAUUGGCGGAGAGAGUCAUUUUAGUGAAUGCGGUGCUGCUGAACACGAUCAACGGUAAUUCUUUCUGUAAGUAUAUAGAUGCAGUUAUGCAGUUAUAGUGGGACCAAGAUGCACUUGGGCAUGAGCUGAAUAGCAACAGCAUCGUCUCUGCGGCACGCACUAUUAAAGGUGUGUACUGAGCUGAUUGCCUCACUGUCUGUAGAUGGCUCUAGCCUAGAGUACUGUGCUUAGAGAUAGGGAUCGAUGUUGCGUAUUGCACAUUGCUAAAGUAAUUUUUAUUUCCGAGCGCAAAGGCACACAAAAAACUAACCAAAAAUAAUUCUUAUAAUAAGAACAAACAUAAAGCUGUGAUAAAAAUUUGUGUUCUUUGCUACGAAAUCGAAUUUACGUGUAUUUGUGUUCGUUAUAAUGUUUUAUAAUUGUUUGGGGCUUAAUGCCCUAUUGCUGUUUUUCACAUUUUGCUUGCUUCUGCAAUAUGCGCAAAUGUCGGCAGAUGCGGCUAUAACACCAACUCAAAUGUCCAGCACCGAAAGUGCCAAUGAGGAAUUGAAAGCGCCUAUGCAAUCAAAUGAUAUGAAGAUGAUGGCGGUGGCAAAGGAAACCAGCAUGCGAAUGUCAGAGAUGAUGAACGAUGAGUCUAUGCCAAAGGAACCCGAAACCCAAACAGGUACGGAGACUACAGCGAGCGACAAAAUGGACAGCACGGAGAAAGACUGGUGGAAACACAUGAUACUCUAUCAAAUCUAUCCGCGUUCUUUUAUGGACAGCAAUGGCGAUGGUGUGGGAGAUUUGCAAGGUAUUAUCAUGAAGCUACCUUAUCUCGCUGAAACUGGUAUUCAGGCCGUUUGGCUGAGUCCCAUUUUCAAGUCACCCAUGGUUGAUUUUGGCUAUGAUAUAUCUGAUUUUAAAGAAAUCCACUCGGAAUACGGUACAAUGAAAGAUAUGGAAAUGCUGAUAACGGAAUCGGAACGUUUAGGCAUUAAAAUUAUUAUGGACUUUGUGCCGAAUCACACUUCAAAUGAAAGUGUGUGGUUUGAGAAGUCAGUCAACAAAGAAGACGGUUAUGAAGACUACUACAUUUGGGCUGACGCUAAAUUGGAUAAGAAAGGCAUGAGAAUGCCGCCAAAUAAUUGGCAAUCUGUAUUUUACGGCUCUGCAUGGACAUGGAAUGAGAAGCGCAGUCAAUACUAUCUGCACCAGUUUACGGCAGCUCAGCCAGAUCUAAACUUCCGCAAUCCCAAAGUGGUCGAAGCCAUGGACGAAAUCUUACAUUUCUGGUUGGAAAAAGGUGUUAAUGGCUUCCGCGUCGAUGCUGUCAACCAUCUCUUCGAAGACGCAAAGCUACGUGAUGAGCCACUAACCGGCAAAACCGACGAUAUGAAUUCCUACGAAUAUACCAAGCACAUUUAUACCAAAGAUAUGCCGGAAGUACUGGAUAUGUUGCAGCAUUGGCGUAAACUAAUGGACGAUUACACCGCUAAAAAAGGUGGUCCCACACGCAUUCUCAUGACCGAGGCAUACGCCGAUCUGAAAACACUCAUGGACUACUAUGAAACGAAAGAUGGCAAACGCGGAGCAAAUUUCCCAUUCAACUUUAAUUUCAUUACCGAUUUGGAUGAGAAUUCCGAUGCGCGCGACUAUGUGUUCAACAUUCAGAAGUGGUUGACAUAUAUGCCACGUGAACACACAGCCAACUGGGUCAUGGGCAAUCACGAUAAUAUGCGCAUGGCCACCCGUUUCGGUCCGAAACGUGUCGAUGCUAUGCAUAUGCUGAUGAUGACGCUGCCUGGUGUAGCGGUCACUUACAAUGGCGAGGAAAUUGGUAUGCAGGAUUAUCGUGAUAUCAGCUGGGAGGACACUGUGGAUCCGCCUGCGCGCAAUGUUGGGCGUGAAAAGUACAAACAAGUGUCUCGUGAUCCGGAGCGCACACCCUAUCAAUGGAAUACGCAAAAGAAUGCCGGCUUCUCUACUGCCGAAAAGACAUGGCUACCCGUCCAUCCAAACUACAAAAAUUUAAAUCUCAAACAGCAAAAGUCUGAGAAGAGUCACUACUCGGUAUAUAAAUCAUUAAUCGAGUUACGUAAGAUGCCGGCACUUGUCAAAGGACGCUUCCACGCAGAGGUUUUGGAUCGCGAGGUCUUUGCUUUCGAAAGGGAGCUCAAAGACGACAACUCUAUCAUAACUGUCAUCAAUAUUGGUCCACGCGCUCGCGCUGUCAAUUUGACCGAAGUCUUCGAUCUUAAAUACCAACAGAAGUUGACUGUGAUGGUUGCUGGCUCCAAGUCUACACAUGAAACUGGCAUUCAGUUGAGUCACAACGCCACAUUCCAGUUGAAUCCGUAUGAAGGCAUUGUUUUUGACAUCACCACACCUGCGGCCAUGGGCCGCGACAACACCGCCAUAGCUUACAGACGCACCGUUGUCAGAUUGUUAAUUAAAUCGGUGAGUAUAAUUUUGGUGGCACUGCUCGUACGGCAGACAUCGACAAAGAAAUGGACCCAGCUGCGUUGCUGGAAUCGAAGUGACAGGCGAAAUAAUGAGCGAAGAUUUCGAGGGUAAAAUGUUUUUGUUUUUCAUUUAUUUUGUUUUUUUGUUAUUUUUUGGCUGUUGGCGUUGAUAAACUUAAUUUUACGCAGUUUUGAUUUUAUCAUUAAGCCAACGCUGACAAAUAAGGGAGGGUAACUGUUUUUUGAUAAAAUAGCUUAUACGAAGGUCUUGAUUUCAUUAUUUGUCAAAAUUCAAUUAAGUGUGCUAAAUACACACACAUACUAAGAGAAACAAACCAAAUAUGAAGUUAAUAAGCAAAUAAUUUUAUUUUCAUAUUUAAGUGACGAUUUAUGUAUAUGGAUAUGUUAGGAAUUUUGUCUUUAAAAAAAGGAGGAGUUUCCAGGAGUGAAAUGCUAAAAUUGCAAUUAAGUUUGAGGAAGAUAUAAAUUGGGUUUAUUGUGUUUACGAGUGAUUGCACAAAUUCAAUACUAACUGUUCAGAAAAUAAGAAAUGUGCUCUAAUUCUCAAAACUUCAAUGAAAUUGCAUUGGUAAACAGCCUGAAAUAAUAUUUGAUUUAAAUUUGCCUAGUUUAAAUUAUUAUUAUCUUUGAUUCGCGGAAAACAGCUUUCGUGAAAACAAUUACCUUUGGUUAUCCCUAAACAUCAAUAAAGUAAAAUAUCGCAUAUCCUUACCUGUAAUGAGACAAAAAAUGAAUUGCAAUUAGUGGAGUCAAUCAAUCAGUUUAAUAUUAACAAAUUUAAUUAGUGCGAAUUCAAUAUUUUAUAUAAAAAUAUAUAUUAUAUAAUAAAUAAUAAAUUAUUUUAAAAUAAUUUAUUUGUACAGUUUUCUUAUAAAAAUAAUAAUUCUUGAACUAUUGAAAACUCUUUGAUCCAAGUACUGCAAUAAAAAAUCAUUUUCUAAUAUUAUGUUUAUAAUAAUUAAAUGCUUCAAGAAUUGAGUCACUGCUAAGAAAAUAUGAAAGUAUGAAAUUAUAUUAUACCAUGCGUAAUUAUAUUUAUAUUUUUAAGUGCUGCUUACCACAAAAUUAAAAAAAAAUAUUAUUAUUUAUUAUUGUAUUUAUAUAUUACAAUAAAAUAUUAUAGUAUAACUCUGGAAUAUUUUUUGUGUUAAAAUUGUAACAAUUUAAUUUUUUUUAAAAUUAAUUAAUGCUCUAGAAAAAAUUAACUGAUUUUCUUAUACGAUAGAGCAAUAAGCAUGUAAACAUUAAAUUUACACGCAUCAUAAAUAUUUCAAUA